CCCAGAGACUGUCAUGGAGGGGGAGGAGGAGGCGGUGGCGGCGAAGGGAGGCGUUUUGGGCCGCCUCCAGGGUCCGCUCUGCCAUUCCUGAAUUGGUCCCUCGUCCCCGUGACUGUGGCAUCAGGAAAACGAACUGUUAGGCGAGAGGAGGAGGCAGGCAAAACCAUAUCCCCUUCUUCCCCCGGGGCGGGGGCCGGGCCGGGCCAGGCCGGCUGAGCCGGGGGAGGGCAGGGGGAGGGCGCGCCUGGCCGGGCCGGCCUGUCUGCCGAGAUGGAUGACAGUAAGGUGUUUACAGCUCCCUCUGAGCACUGCUUUAGCUGCAUCUCAUAAAGUUUUGGUGGUUGGAGGCAAAGUAAAGAAGCCCGGCAAACGAGGUCGGAAGCCAGCCAAAAUUGACUUGAAGGCAAAACUUGAAAGGAGCCGGCAGAGUGCAAGAGAGUGCCGGGCCAGAAAAAAACUGAGAUAUCAGUAUUUGGAAGAGUUGGUAUCCAGUCGGGAAAGAGCCAUAUGUGCCCUCAGAGAGGAACUGGAAAUGUACAAGCAGUGGUGCAUGGCAAUGGACCAAGGAAAAAUCCCUUCUGAAAUAAAGGCCCUACUCACUGGAGAAGAGCAGAGCAAAUCUCAGCAGAACUCAAGCAGGCACACAAAAGCUGGGAAGACAGACGCUAACAGCAAUUCCUGGUGAAGAUCGUAUCAAAUGAUGAGUCAGUGAUCGAAGCCAAUAUUCUGAUUCCUAUGGAGGAUGAAUGGGCAAGAUUAUACUUCUUGGCUCCAUUUACUACCUACUGCUCAGUAGUCAUCUCUGUAAAUCUGCAAUUUCUACCAAAAUGUGUGAUCAUGGAUCUGACAGGAUUUUGCUUUAACUUUCAACACUUAGAAAAUUUACAAACAUUCAGACCUGUUCUGGCUGGUAUUGCCACCCAUGGCAUUUAACAUGUUGCAAUUCUUGAAAACACAAGAGUAGAGAAAAAUGGGUGAAGAUUGUAUUUUUGCACCUUAACCCCACAUUGCUUUAUGGGUUAAUUUAUAUUCCUUCCAUGUAAUUCAUGUAAUUGUAUGUGUUUGUGUGUUUAGUUGUCACUUCCUUUCCUGUUUUUGAUUGCCCUACAAAGAGAAACCAAAUGGGCUGAUUACUGACUGUAAGUUCUCAGCCUCUAUGGACCUAAUCUUAUUUCUUUAUAUUUACUUGAGUAAUGUUUCUUUUCUGCAUGAACCAUGAUUUCUCCUGUGAGCCAUUCCAGCAUAAGCUGUGAAUAUGUAUUAACGAAUAUAUACAUUUCUAUUUUUAUAAUCCAUAAUGAUAUGCCUGUUUUGAAUAAUGUACAUGUUAACAAAGUCCAUCAGGAAAGCCCUCAAGACAGCCUCUAUUUAAAAGUUUUGUUGCUGUCUUCUCAAACUAUAUUCAUAAAAGUUUGCUGGGGCCUAAUCCAUACUUGGAGAAUAAUUAGUCAAAUUUUAUUUUUAAGCAAGAAGUCACGUUUUAGGCAUUUCAGCAGCAUCCGUCUUCUUGACAACCCAGAGUAUGUAUGUAUGUAUGUGUUUCUAUUGUAUGUCUAUACAUGUAUGUGGGGAGGGCAGGAGUGAAUGUGCACACACAUUUCCUUGUGUACUCAACUAAUUUGGAGAAUUUUUCUAAAGAAAAUAGGAUGAAACUAGCUGCUGAGAUGGAGUUUCUGCCUUAAGAGAUCUGGAACGAAGUGAGGGACAAAGUGCCACUAGAUCUAACAGCUGUAGCUGUAAGCAGCACACUUAGUUUCUUCCCUGAUGUGAGUUUCCUUGUGAAUUGCUCUGACCUAGAAAGAAACACACUGUGGGUGUGCGUGUGGUUCAGCCCUGGCGAUGCCUCCAUCCUGGAGUGAAGCCCUGGAGCUAGAGUUGUGUACAACACUGCCCCUAGUGGGCCUGGCAGGAGGUGCGGAGGGCAGAGUGGUUCUUUCCAUUCCCAUCACAGCUGCGUUGACUUUCUUCCUGACUACCAGCUGGAGUGAUGCUUGAGAAAUCAAGCUCAUAAUAUGAUAUGUUCACAUAGGCCUAGGGAUCUUUCGAUUUCCCUUCUGAGACGCUUUGCCACUCUCUUCCCUUUUCUAUAGUUAAAUCAGGAGUUGUGUUCUCGGUUGCUGCUAAAUUAUAAUUGUUCUUUGUUCUAAUGAAGCAAAUAUUUGGCUUCCAAACAAAAUACGUUUCCUUAUAAAAUGGCAGUUUAAGAGGAGGUGUCAUCGUCUAGAAUGUCUGUGAGGUGGAACAUGUGAUGGACCACAUAGUUUCAGAUUUACAAGGUACUUUCCCCCCUUCUUUUUAGGCCGUGCAUUUGAAUAAAGUGCCUCCCCUUAGCCUGAGUUCCUAAAGAUCUCUUAGGUGGCGAACUCCGAUCUCGAGUCUAGUCCUGUGUGACUACUGAUAUACCACUAGCCCAGCCUGUUGGGUGUCUCUGUGUUUUGGAGGACUGGGGAUUUAAGAGUAUUUAAUGUCUUUUUAGGAUCACAAAUAUAAAUAGAUUAAAGAUUGUUGAUAUUCAGGCCUUCAGAAUUUAAGUGUUUUAAAUAUAGUGUUCAGAUUAUGAUGGGUAUGUUUUUGCCAUCUGGUCUACUCAAAUGUAUAUUUUUAUUUUGCAAAACAACCCAAGCCUUCUCUGUGUUGCUUAUUCAGUACCUUUUGAAUUCCCCAGCAGAGUUGGUUUUCAAAGCAAACAUUCCGCAAUGAAAUGUGGCUCGUCAAUGGAGUGUCUCCAUUGUGCUAGAAGUAUUUCUUCUCUGGCUGUAAUUUCACAUUACAGGCUUAUUUACGCCCCGCCCUCCUAGUAUCUUUACAAGAGCAGUGACUUUGUCCUCAAGUAGAGGAUGUGUAAUUUUGGGUGAAAGUAAAUUACAGUUUAUUUGAGUUUAUUCCUAAACCUAUCUAUUUGGUACUUUGGAGUAGAUCACACCAAGAGACAGUUCCUUGGUCUUAAAAAGGAAUGUUUUGAUUGCUUUGGGUAUUGUGCUGGCUGUUCGCUUUGGCCACUUGAAGCAUGUUAAUAAAUGCCACUGAUUAAAACAGCUGGAGCAUUUCUUUUCCCAUUCCAGUUAAGGAGCAGCAUACUGAAGUCCUGGCAUCUCUCACCUGUAUGGCAACAAGCAGGCUGAGAGGACAGAGGGUGAGAGAAUCAGUGAGUCAGUCCCCCUGGGUUGGUGCUGUUCUCCUUGCUCUCUGAGUAAACACAGCAAUGUUUUCUUUUUCUUUUUUCCCCCCAAAGAAAGAAUGGUAAGGGGAAAAAUAUAUUUGUGUAUUUAGACCAGUCGUAUUCUGUCAUUAAUUUAGCAUAGACCUGCCAUAUAUUAGAGCAACUGAAUAUAAUAUGGAGUAAGUUUGACCAGGUCAAGUUUUAGGAUAUAGUUGAAGUUCUUAAAAAUUUUUUUCUAUUUUAUCUAAAUCUUCCUAUUGUAUGUAAAUCAGAAUCUAUCUUACUGCAGCAAAUUCAUAUCACUGUUUACCAGCUAAUUGACAGUAUUUAUCAGCAUCACCAUUUAGUGUUUUGUUUUAUCAUCUUUGAAUUAUGAUAGACUUGAUUUGGCUCAUUACAAAAAGUAUAGGUUUAAACUGGACUUACCUUUAGUUAAAAUAAAGGCAAAGAAAUUUAAAACCAUAAAUGCUAUAUUUCACAAGAAAUCAGUUGCAUAUUAUCAGUUACAUAGUUACUUUUAAAAGAGAAGAAAAUUGCUAUUAAACCACGUCGUAUUUGGGGGCAUUGAAGGAACUUUUCUUUCUCUGAAGAGCAUUGUACUAUUAUAUUUUUAUGAAAAAUAAAAUAUCUUCACCAGAGA